AUUUCGAAAAGUGUUAGUGGAAAAGUGAAGUGAGAAAAAAAAACAUGCCUCCUAAAACUAGUGGAAAAGCAGCAAAGAAGGCUGGUAAGGCCCAAAAAAAUAUUACCAAAAACGACAAGAAGAAGAAGCGUAAGAGGAAGGAAAGUUAUGCUAUUUACAUUUAUAAAGUGUUGAAGCAAGUACAUCCUGAUACUGGUAUUUCAUCAAAAGCCAUGAGUAUCAUGAACAGUUUUGUGAAUGAUAUUUUUGAGCGUAUCGCUGCUGAAGCAUCGCGUUUAGCUCAUUACAAUAAACGUUCAACUAUCACUAGUCGCGAAAUCCAAACUGCUGUACGUUUACUUUUGCCUGGUGAAUUAGCCAAACAUGCUGUGAGCGAAGGUACCAAAGCUGUCACUAAAUACACAAGUUCCAAGUAAUUUGUUCAAAUGAUAAAAAAAAAUAGCAAAAAGGCCCUUUUCAGGGCCACAACAUAUAAAUUAACAAAGAGAUGAUAUAUGAGUAUACAAACACAGUAUAUGUACUAGUAGAUUUGGCCAUGCGUUGCUGUGGCAAUAGUAAUACUAUGAUAAUAAACUAUUGAAUAUAGAGUAAGUGUGGGUAAUAUGGUACUCCUGUGUUUUUUUGCAAAACUAUUUAGUAUAGGGUAAUCCUAAUUAGGAGCUGUGAAAUUUCAAAGAAAAGAAAAAAAAAU